CGGCCCGUACUUUUGGCUAAUCGCGUGUGAAGCAGGAAUCCCGACCGUAGCGGCUCCUAAGUGCGAGCUGUAAAGUGGCCUCGCUGCAGGAUUCCGCCCAACAGGCUCUUUUGCGAACAGAGGUGACCAGUUCGGCCUUGUACUCUCUUCCAUUCGAACUACACGGCUAAAUUUCACUCAUCAGUUUCAAAACGUCAUCAGGCAGAAUGGAUGUACAAACUUUGCGAGCUAUGUUUCGAAGGUAUUUUCUAUGAGUCCUUUUGUCAUUAGAUUGUUUAAGGGCCGACACCGACAAUAGUGGCCAAAUAAAUGCACAGGAAUUGCAGCGUGCGUUGUCAAACGGACUAAAUAUUCCUUUCAAUAUCAACACGGUAAAUAUGAUGAUGAAAAUGUUCGAUCGAGACUUCAGUGGCCAAAUAGAGUUCAACGAAUUUGUCCAUCUGGUCAACUAUGUGGAACAGUGGAAAAAUUGUUUCUAUCGCUUUGAUCGGGAUCGAUCCGGUAGCAUCGAUGCGAACGAAUUUCAAAUGGCCCUCCGAACCUUUCGUUACAAUUUGUCCGAUACCUUUGUGCAAUACCUUGUUCGACGAUUCGACCGAACGCAUCGGAAUGUGGUCGCAUUUGACGAUUUCAUCUAUGCCUGCGUCUGCUUACAGCAAUUGACAAACGCAUUUCGGCCUUAUGAUCCUCAAGGUACCGGACGGGCAGUAAUGAGCUUUGAGCAGUUCCUCGGUGCUGCGUUCACGAUUGUUUGAAACGGAUUCCAUCCAUUCGAAAGAGUCUCAUUACUAUUUGGAACCAACCGACUGAGUAUUAGGCUACCUGUUGGACCACGGUAGCUUCUACUCCACAAUGUGCUUUGAAUUGCACGUCUGGAUUUUUUCCUAUGUCUGUCUGUUUUGCCUAUUCUUUUUCCAGAGUAUUUUGUUACCGUUUUCAAAUGUCGACCAAUUGGACUUCCAGUUUGUGCUCGCAUUCGCGAUCGCUUUCGCUAGUGAUUGCUUGUUCGCACAACAAUAUUUGUUAUAUAAAUCAGGUGUGAUUAUGACUUCUCAAGUCGGAUUCCAAAUUCUUAUCGCUUUUUAUGCUAGGAAUUUCCGGGAACUUGAUGCAGGUUCACCAUCACUUUAUGUUUGUUCCGCUUUUUCUUGUAAACUGGAAUUUUUAUCGCUCCCGAAUUCCACUUCUUCCUGUGCUUUGUUGAUUGUACUAUUGAUUGAUCUUGUUUCUAUACCGAAUUCUAUCCUGGUUUGAUACAGGGUAGCCA